AUGCUGGUGAAGGUUUUUGCAGUGUUUUUGCUGAUGUUCCUCUGCGUCCAGGGCAUGACGUUGACUCUGCUCGGCAAGCCCAGCGAUACUCCACGUACGAUCAACAUCGACGCGGUGACGCAGAAGUGCUACAAUAUCUACAACUGCUUCAAAGGGCCCAACAUAUCGGCGACGUGGCAGGGGGUCAAGCGCAACACCAACGUCGUCUUCUACAACAAUCCGAGCUGCCAGACGCGCCAUGCAGUGGGAUCCGGGACUCCUGACGGCGUGCUCUACUUCUCCGAUGCCAAGUUCGACAAAACAGUGAAGGCCUUCAUGAUCUGGGAAACCGGAACUUAUGCCACGAACGGGGUCUUGGACGCGUGCUAUCUCGACGAGAGCGCAACGGUCAACUCGACAGCCGAAUCAUUCGCUGUAUGA